CUUUAUUAUUCUUCAUCUCUUUCUUCUUGUUUCUCCCCCCACCCCUUUAGUUUCCUCCUCCUGAUCUAUACCUAUAAUAUGUCAAACAAUUUAGACUUGAGCUCCACUUCCCCUUUCUCCCUCCAAAACCUGCAACAUCGCCCUGACCUCCACCUCCAAAUCCCUCCUGAUUCCGAAGAUGACAACAACCAACACACUCCUGGCUCCGGCAGCGGUAGUGGUGAUAUAGUAGGGCGCCGGCCACGGGGUCGCCCCCCUGGUUCAAAAAACAAGCCCAAACCACCUGUGAUCAUCACUAGGGAGAGCGCAAAUACCCUCCGUGCACACAUCCUUGAGAUAAACAGUGGAUGUGAUGUCUUUGAAUCCAUCGCGAAUUAUGCCAGGAAGCGUCAACGUGGUAUUUGUAUAGUAAGCGGCAGCGGCACCGUCAACAACGUCAGUCUUCGGCAACCUGCAGCGGCCGGAUCUGUACUCACCCUCCACGGCAGGUUUGAGAUACUCUCGCUGUCUGGUUCCUUCUUGCCACCUCCGGCACCACCGGGGGCGACCAGCUUAACUAUAUACUUGGCGGGUGGACAAGGACAGGUUGUUGGUGGGAAUGUCGUCGGAGCUCUGAUCGCUUCUGGGCCGGUGAUUGUGAUAGCAGCAUCUUUCACAAACGUGGCGUAUGAAAGGUUGCCACUGGAUGAAGAGGAAGCGGCUGCCAGUAGUGGAGGAGGGAAUGGAGGCGGCGGAGACGGGAAUGGUGGCGUCAAUCAUCCUUUUCCGGACCCCUCAUCAAUGGGUUUGCCGUUUUUUAACUUACCACUUAACAUGCCUAACGUUCAGCUACCGGUGGACGGUGGUGUUUGGUCUGGCAACAUGGCUAGCCGGCCACCCUUCUGACUACGUUUGACCAAGUCGAAGCUUAAUAUUCUUCAAGGAAAAAGGUCAGAUAAAUUCCUUGGAUCAUCAAUCAUGAUUCUCCAUCUUGUACAAUAAUUAAUCUCCCCAUUUUCUGAUUUUUUUUCUUCAACCUAGGGAUUUCUUCUUCUCUUUUUGAUUCCAUGUUUACUGUUAGUUCUUCAUCUUGAUGUUAAUUGUUGUACCUUGCUCGUUUUAUGUAACGGAAAAACGGAGUUUCUUGAUUA